AUGGGCAACCUUACUCUCGAUGACUGGUUCGAUGCAGUUACCAAUGCAGAUAUCUUCAAGAUCAAUGUCAUGUUUGGUAAGUACGCUUGUAGCCGUGACGCUAAUGGAGACACUGCACUUCUGCGGGCUGUCCGGGCAGGAAAUGAGACGCUUGUGAAACUAUUGUUAGCAAAGGAGGGUGAGAUGGUCGAUAAGAACGGCUUUGGCGCUUUACUUUUGGCUGCGCAGCUGGACCGCGCCCGCAUAGCGAUUCUUUUAGCGAAAGUAAUACCUGACCAGACAACACCGGAUGGGAUGAAUGCGUUAAUGGUUGCUGCAGCCAAUUCAUCCAUGAACACUGCUCAGGCCAUUCUGCCGCAUUUCGCCAACGUAGCAGAUGACAAUGGUUUGUUUGCCGUGAACCACGCAGUAUCAUCCGGCUCUCUGGAGAUGGUUAAGCUUAUCUGCAAGCGGUUUCCCCCAGCAGGUGAUGCUCUACACAGAGCACUUAAUCUUGCACGUACAGCGGCAUACAUUGAAAUUACACACUACUUAGAAGGAUUUGUACAAUCAAGUACAGCCUCGUCUAUCGGCCCCAGUGUUUGCUUGUCAUCUAGCAAUGUCUCAAUGCCAUUUGGGACCGUUAUCAACGGGGUAUAUGAUGCAAGUCAACCCAGUGUAAUUAAUGAUAUGAGAGACCAGUUGAAUCACAUGAACGUCAGCAUUUCCAGACUUGCCGAGCCGAACUCUGUCUCAGAAAGCUCUCUACUAUCCACUCUUCUUCUCUCGACUGGUGGUGCACCCGUGGAUGCGUGGGCCUCUCUCAACACUGCUCCACAGUUUCUGGAUGCACUCACUGGCGCAGCUGUGCUUACCACUGAUAAUGGGACAGUCAUAACAGCGGGGGAGCUCUUAAAGGAGCUAAAUUCACUGCAUAUGGAGCUCGAAAAAAAGGACCUGGCACUAGCACGACAGGGUAUGGAGGUAGAGUCUCUACGAGAGCAGCUUAAUCAACUUGCGACCAAAACGGGGUCCGCUGACCUUUCAGAGUUUUUGUCGCACUUUGACCAGAGACUUUUUCAGGAGUCUGCUGAAGGAACGCUUCCAUUGUCAACUGAACAAGAACUUUUAUCGGAACUGAAGCAGCACAUUAAUAGUCUUGCAGUGUCAGCUGACUCAUUGGCCUUGAAGUACGUAUCAACUAAGCUUCCGGGUCAUAUGAAGGAAGAAUCCAAUCAGGAGCUUGAUAAAGAUAUGCACGAGCUCAACCAGCACACAGCAGAAGCCUUAGAGGCCAUCGAUAUGUUGCAGUGUAGUCCUGGUUCCAGACACGGUAGCUCCCUGCUUGGUAUCGAUGGAACUUGUCUUAGAGCCUCCGGGCUUACACCUCUCAUGCGAGCAGUUAUUUCUGGUAAAGAUCUCGACCCGAUAAAAAUGCAAGAGUUUGCAGGAAAGGUCACUAGCGACGGAACCACUGCACUCAUGCUUGCCGUGCAGUGUGGCAACAUAGGCGCUGUGACAGCGUUAGCUUCCUUAGAAGCAGGCAUGGUGCGUGCAGAUAAAAAGACUGCUCUGGCGUUAGCUAUUCAGAAUGACUUCUAUGAAGCAAUCAAAAUACUUCUGCCUUUGGAAGGCAUAGACAUUUCGCAAAACAAUGUAAUAGCGACUGAUAACCAGAAGAAUCCACUGACGCUUGCUGCAGAGCAAGGGGACAUUAUAGCAGUCUAUUGCUAUCGAAGCCUAUUCGCUCGUCUGCACGAUGAGUAUGGUCAGACAGCUCUCAUGCAUGCAGCCAGUGUCGGAGAAGAGAGGGUAAUAGAUUUGCUUAUUGACUAUGAGUGCGGAAUGCAGACACCAGAGGGCAUCACUGCACUGAUGUUAGCUGCUCAGCGCGGGCACAUCGGCUGUGUCGAAAGGCUUCUUCCGCAUGAGCGUAAUUUGCGUGACAAUAAUGGUAAUACUGCUUUACACUACGCCACGAAGUUGGCUCAGUAUGACAGGACAGACGCUGAGCUACACAGUUCCUUAGUGAGUCUCCUGAGCGAGAAUACUGAUUCCACCGUAAAUUAG